AUGUUUGACGAACUUGUGAAGUUCAUAUCUGCCAUAAAUAAAAGUGGUACUGCUGUCCCCCUCGGAACCCUGCGCGCGUCGGCAGCAGAAGAACUGGCGUACGAGGAGUGUGAACCAUUUCUUCCCCUCAGAGAUGGAGAUGUCGUUUUCUGCCCUUCUUGUUACGAUGGAGACAGCUUCCGCUUGACAUGGAUUGAUGGUUUGGGAUGCAAAUCCAGAAUCAUGGGGCGAUUGGCCGGAGUGGACACGCCGGAGAUGAAUGGUUCAUCGGACAAAGAGAAAGUCCUUGCACUGAGGGCGAAGCAGAGACUGAGCGAUGUGAUAGCGGGAGAGUUUGUGACGAUCCGUACGCCGGGCAAUGAGAAAUACGGACGGGCCCUGUGUGACUUGCAGACGGCUAAGCUUGCGUCUGUAUCUGAUUAUAUGCUGGCUGACCCAGAAAUAUGUCGUCCGUACGAUGGGGGAAGGAAGCUCUCUUGGGAUU